AGUUCCGUAACCACCAAAGUGAAAGAAAAUGUACAUCAGCGAAACGAAAUGUUUGUUUUCACUACAAUUUAAUGCAUAUUUUAAGCGAAAUCCUUUCAAUUCAUGUCGCUAAUUAACAUUUUCUCUCUCCUUGCUAGUGUUCUGUAGUGCCCAGACAUGAUGUGAAAUACGUAAAACUGGUAAAAAGGCCAAAAUGUCGGGAAAAGACAAGUGGGUCCGCCGGUUUUCAGUCGACGAAACUGCGAAACACAAAAAUGGUUUCACCAUUUACAAAAUAACUUCAGUGCUAUUCCCAAUCGAUGCUCCGGAGGCAGUAACUGUCGUCUCGGUCUGGAAGCGGUACAGCGACGUCCGGAGGCUCCACCGGAGCAUGUGUGCCCUCCACGCCGGCCUGCACCUCCCGCCGCGGGGCACGUGCACCCUGCCGAGUACUAGCUACUUCCGCCGCUUCCAGAAAGAGGUGAUCGAGGAGCGCGCGAAGGCCAUCAAAAGAGUUCUGGAAUUCAUUGCCGAGCAUCAGCUCCUGUUCACGAGCACGGAAUUCGUUAAUUUCCUGCAGAGCGGGCACCCGGAGCCGUCCCCUUCUCUCGGCGCCAUCGCGUCCAUCCGCGCGGCGCUCCGCCUCGCGCCCGCGCCGCCGCUCCCGCUGCAGCGCGAGCGCAGCCCGCCGAGCGCAGACCAACCAGAGACCCGCGACGAAACAGACUUCGCAUCGAUCCCGAAAAUCCCAAUCUACGAAGCGGCAGUUGUCGAACUCAAGCCGCACUCCUCCAACGACUCUCUCAACUCCCUAGAGAGCCUCAACGACGACUUAUACGACCAACUCUCCAAACUCACCGUACAAAAUAAAGGCGCAGUCAAAAAUAGGCUACCGGAUUUGAUUAAUUUCGACGCGCCAUCUAGUUCACGCUUAGAGAACUACGUACCAAAGCAAUCGGAUACUUCAUCCUUGAACUCCACGCUUUCGAGUCGAAGUAACAGUCGGAUGUCGUUGUACAGUAAGACGUCCUUAUCUAACGUGGACAGUAAGACAAGGACGGAGGAUAGUUACGUGUUCGAGGCGGGGUAUUUGUUGAACAUGGCGGCGCGGUGUGAGGACAUGAGGGAAUACCAGAGGGCGUUUGAUUUUUACAAGUCGGGGAUUGAGAAGAUGCUGGUUGGGGUUCAGACCGACUCGGACCCGCAGAGGCGCGCCCUCAUCAAGGAUAAGACCAACAAGUACCUCUCCUACGCCGAGGAAAUCUACAAGAACCAUCUAUGCGACGUCAAUGAAACUCUGAUCCCAGAACCCGCGCCCACACCUAUAAACUGCCCGGUACCACUGUCCAUGCUCCGGAGACCGUACGAAGAUCUAGCUUUGUACCGGGUGCUAGCUGUAGUAGCGGAUACCAUGAUGCUAGUGCUGCACAAGGCUGCACAGGUCUGCUACGCUAUGAAGGUGAUCCAAAAAAUCCCCAACAACCUAACGGAAUUCGACGAAUACUUCCUCCAGCGAACCAACGAGACCCGCCAACCCGUUCUACCCACCAGCAUACCAUACAUGGUUCCACUCCAAGCCUACAUAGAAACCAACUCUCUCAUCUUUCUCAUACUAUCUUACGCUCCGGGCGAGAAAUUACUAGACUAUAUAAAAAACUAUGUUAAGUCUAUACCAAGUACGCCAGCGAGGGAAGUGAACUUGGAGAAUGUGUUCAGUGAACCAAUGAGGAAGAUUGAGGAAGUUGAGGAGGGUGAUGAGGUUGAGGAGCUGGUGAGGAACUCGCAGACGCUGCUGAGGAAUGUGGACAGGGCGCUGCACGAAUUGGUGAGGAACUCGCAGACGCUGCUGAGGAAUGUGGACAGGGCGCUGCGUGAGGAGGGGGAGGUUCAGGAGGAAAAUGGGAGGGGGGACCCCACGUUGUCGCCGCCGCCCCGCGCGGCGCUGCCGCCCUCGGCCGUGAGGCAGUGGGCCGCGCAACUACUUACCGCACUAGAGAGUCUACACAACGCUGGAGUUAUCUGCAGAGACCUGAACCCGUCAAACAUUCUCCUAGGCGAUGGUGGUCAGAUCAUCCUCACCUAUUUCGCGGGCUACCCGCUAGACGUGUCCCUACCACAACGGUCCCUGUCCGUAUCGACGGGACGAACCGACCUGUUUGUGGCACCGGAGCUAUAUAACGUCUGUACGGACAUAGGGGACGAGAGAUUAUGUGACUUCUGGAGUUUUGGGGUCAUUAUGUAUGAGCUGCUAUGUGGAGUGCCGUUGUCGCACUACCACAAGAGCGUGUUCACGAGCCACACCGUGCUGUGUCUGCCCGAGGAGUUACCCGUCGAAGAGGAGUCUCUGCUUACACAGCUGCUCACAUACGACCCCGCCGAGCGUCUCGGCCGCGACGGCGUCGACGAGAUCAAACAACACCCAUACUUCCGACACACAGACUGGACACUAGUACAGAACGACUGGAGAGUGCCCGGCUGA